AUUCUCUCUCUCCCCUAAUAACGUUGGUCCCUUCUCCCUUUUCUCUCUCAUCCCCUGCUCAUCACUUUUUUCUUUGCCCCCCAUUUGGGCAUUGUUGCAAAUUGGUUGUUUAACUUCUCUGUCUCACCUCACUCAAUCACUCUCUCUCCUAAUCUCUUAGGUCACUGGUCCCUGCUCGCCUCUCUCUCGACUCUUUCCGCCUCCUGAUUCAAGCAUUGUUGGAAACUGAUUGAUCAACUAUUGCUGCUGCUUUUCUUGUCCCUCCUAAUUUUCUGCUCUCUCUCUCUAAAUUUGGAAUUCUCUCUCACCACACUUAAUCUUUCACUCUUUCUCUCUCCUUAAAUUUGAGAAUGGCGUUGGUGCCUGCUGCUGAUCCUGUGGUAGCUGAGGUGGAUAUGGGUUCUGAUACUCAGUCAGUGCGUGCCACUGUCGUCCAAGCUUCCACUGUCUUCUAUGACACUCCUGCUACACUUGAUAAAGCUGAGAGAUUGAUUGCAGAUGCUGCUACUUAUGGGGCACAGCUGGUUGUUUUUCCUGAGGCUUUCAUUGGUGGCUAUCCCCGUGGUUCUAACUUUGGAGUGGCCAUUGGCAGCCGAUCAGCAAAGGGAAAAGAGGAGUUUCGAAAAUAUCAUGCAUCAGCCAUUGAUGUACCAGGUCCUGAAGUUGAGAGAUUGGCAGGAAUGGCUGGUAAAUAUAAAGUUUAUCUUGUAGUGGGUGUGAUUGAAAGGGAAGGAUAUACACUUUAUUGCACUGCUCUUUUCUUUGAUUCCCUAGGCCAAUACAUGGGAAAACAUCGUAAGCUCAUGCCUACAGCUCUAGAGCGUGUCAUAUGGGGCUUUGGAGAUGGGUCGACGAUUCCUGUUUUUGAGACUCCUAUUGGAAAAUUGGGCUCCCUCAUUUGCUGGGAAAACAGAAUGCCUCUCUUACGAACUGCAAUGUAUGGUAAAGGAGUUGAAAUAUAUUGCGCACCUACGGCAGAUGCAAGGGAAACAUGGCAGUCAUCCAUGACCCACAUUGCACUUGAAGGGGGAUGCUUUGUUCUUUCUGCAAAUCAAUUCUGCCGAAGAAACGAUUACCCCCCUCCACCUGAUUAUGUUUUCGGGAACAGGGAAGAGGAGCUCCCACCAGACUCUGUUGUUUGUUCAGGAGGCAGUGUGAUUAUUUCUCCAUCUGGUGCUGUGUUGGCUGGACCCAAUUAUGAAGCAGAGGCUCUGAUCUCUGCUGAUUUAGAUUUUGGAGAAAUUGUGCGAGCCAAGUUUGAUUUUGAUGUGGUUGGACAUUAUGCGAGGCCUGAUGUUUUGAGCCUGACUGUGAAGGACCACCCAUUGGUGCCCGUCUCAUUCGCUUCCAAUAUCAAAGCUGAAGGGCCAAAAAAGCUGUUAUAGUGGCAUUUGGUUUUCUAGAAUGCCCCUUUUUAGUAUAUUUUGGCAUCCUUAAUGUACAAUGAUGAUGCACGUAUAAAGCUUCUCUGUUUUUCUUUACUUCUUUUAGUACAUUUUAUCAACUUUAAUGCAUGACGAUGCAUUGCAUCUUAUGGUUAAUGAGCUUUCAUUCACUUCACAAUGGCAUCAUGGUCUUGGGGGCUUCUUUGUUGUAACUUUUCUAUCUAGCCCAAAGUUUGUUAUAUGUAAAUUUUAUGCUCAACAUUUACAGUUAAAGAUGAGGUAGUCCUAUUACCGGGAAAGACUUGAUGUAAAUUACAUACCCAACAUUUGCAAUUGAAUCUGAGGUGGUUCUAUUA